AUGGCCUCCUACGGAAACACCAUCCCAAUGGCUGCCUCCCGCCCUGACCACCAGGCUGCUUAUGGUGCGCCAAUGCAGAUGCAUGCUCAAAUGCCCAUACAAGGACCGCCUGCUCCCGCUGGCACCUUUGCCCCGGGAACCAAGAUCCAAGUCGGUAAUCAUAGGGUGGUGAUCCAGAAAUACCUUUCAGAGGGCGGCUUUGCACACGUUUACCUGGUAAAACUGCAACGCCCCGUCGACGGAACCGACCAGGCCGUAUUGAAGAGGGUUGCCGUGCCGGAUAGGGAGACGCUCCGCGGCAUGCGGACAGAGGUUGAGACUAUGAAAAGGCUUAAGGGACACCGAACCAUUGUUACAUAUAUCGAUUCGCACGCAUCCGAGCUGAAUGGAGGGGGGGGUUACGAGGUCUUCCUGCUCAUGGAGUACUGCAACGGGGGUGGCUUGAUCGACUUUAUGAAUACACGACUGCAGCACCGUCUUACUGAACCCGAGAUCCUAAAUAUCUUCUCCGACGUUGCAGAGGGUGUUGCUUGUAUGCAUUAUCUCAAGCCACCCCUGUUACAUAGGGAUUUGAAAGUCGAAAACGUCCUCAUUACGAUUUCUGGCUCGAGGAAGAAGUUUAAGCUGUGUGAUUUCGGUUCGGCCGCACCGCCCAAAGCCGCACCCCAGACUGUCACAGAAUGCCGCUUAGUGGAUGAAGACAUCCAAAGACAUACUACAUUGCAAUACAGAAGCCCGGAGAUGAUUGACGUAUACCGAAAGCAGCCGAUAGAUGAAAAGUCAGACAUCUGGGCUCUGGGAGUCCUGCUUUACAAACUAUGCUACUAUACUACACCCUUUGAGGAUCAAGGGCAGCUGGCCAUUUUGAAUGCAAGCUUCAAAUAUCCUAGCUACCCGAUAUUCUCAGAUAGAUUAAAACAACUAAUCGCAUCCAUGUUACGAGAGGACUUACGAUCUCGACCUAACAUUUAUAAGGUACUCCGGGAAAGCUGUUUGAUGCAGGGCCGGGAAGUGCCUAUCCAUGAUAUUUAUACCGGUCAACCUCGGACAGAACCGAGGAGUGAAAAACAGCCAGGUACGGCUAUAGGUGCAGUAUAUUCUCCGCCGCCAAAACCUCAAGGUCAAACGAUCCCUGAUAUUACCCCCAUGAGGCGCGGUAGACCAUCUGCUACCAGCCAAGCAGCACCAAAUCAUCUAUCAAAGCCCAGUCCAUCCCCGGGAAGAGUCACAAGUGGCGAUCCAUUUGCCGCACUAGACUCCAAAACCGGUAGCAAUUUCAGUGCGGACGAAUUAUCAUCGAGGUUCCCAACCCUCGACCAGUUCUCUCUCCUACAUGACCAUGGCGCCCAGUUCGACUUUGAUAAUGCAACAUCUCCUGCAGAUUCACAGAGGCAACCGGGUCAACGCAUUGCGGAUCAUGUGAAUGAUGCUUUCGCUAGGACCCAGCCUAUGGCGGGAACAAGCCGAAGAGGAUCAACAGAUUUAGGCAGAUCAAAGCCGCCAAUGGCUGCGAACGAACUACGGAGGUCAUCACCGCCCCUCGGAUCCGUCAACAAACCUGGUUCUGUCCCUCCAAAGCAGCCUUCAGAAAUGAGCCGUGCUUCAGCUAUCAUCUCUAGUAAUCCUGAGCUUCAAGCUAUCGCAUCCCCUCCGCUGCACGCUUCGCAAGAAUUUCAAAGCAGGCCAUCCAUGGUAUCUACUGGAACAAUGACCAGCACACCUCCUCGAGAUUACCCCCCAGUUCAUCGAUUUCCUCCAGCCGACCAAAACCACCUGCCGAGUUUGCCUGGCCAACAAGAGUCAGUGGGCACUGGUCAAAAACGACCAGAAUUCAAUUAUGCGUUGCGGCCUAUGCCGGCUCCUCGGGCAGAGUCCAUGCAACCACUACCGUCGCAUGCUCGACACACGUCUUCGUCGCGUCCAUCACUAGAAGGUAGUCGACCAAGUGUUGAACACCUGGAACCCUUAACCAAGUCGUCGUCAAUCGGAGGACGUCCCAGACCGGCCAGUACAUAUCUUGAAUCAGACAUGGACUAUCUUCGAGAAAGAGAGGCAGCUCCUAGGCCCCUCCGUUCCCCAAGCUACUCGCCGAAUUUAAUAGGGAAUUCUUCAUCCCCGAGACUAGAGCCACAGGACGAAUCAGCGAUAGAAUCCAAUGUGGAUUUUCUCCGAGCUAUGGAAGACGCUGAGGGAAAGAAGAAGGAUAAAGGUACCAAGCAACAUACGAAGCGAGCUAGUCUCUCCUCUUUGGCGGGUACCAAAAACAUCCUAGCAGGCAGAUUCGGCGACGCGUUCAAACGCUUCGAGAGUAAUCCCUCCGGCUCAGGGGCAAGGACCCCUUCCCCGCUUAAGGAUAUGGAACGCCAUGAUUUAACCCCUAUUGCUGGAUCAGAAGCCACGGACGACCACAGUGAUAAUGGCCAACUUCUGGGAGAGCCCGAGCUGACACCAGAGAUGCGACGAGAGCUUGAAGCACAAGCUCUCGCCGAGGAGGAACGGCGAGUGGAGGCGGCAGCAGCUGAUUAUAAGCAGCGAAUGGCGGCACGAGAUGCUGCUGGCUCAUCAGCUCCGCUCCCUAAAAGUAUCGGUGGAGUCUCGCGAGCAGUAAGUAUACAGAACCGCGUGCAGAAUCUGCUAGACGAGUCUCAGAAAUCCUCCCAACAAGUCCAACGUACAGCAACAGGCUAUGGGAAGUUUUCAGAUGCCGCCGCGCCAAAAGCUCGGCCAGAGAAGCAAGCUCCCGAAGUCCCUCGCAAGCUAGUCACGGGCGGGAAAGGUCCUGCUCUUCCGCUCAAGCCCGUUAAUACCUCUACGGAAGCCAUCAUUACAAGAGGACGAGCUCCUGAUCCCAUCCCCAUCUCGCCUAACAAACCGACGCUGCCACCGAAGCCAACACACCUCAACAAUUUACCAACCGGGAGUAGCCGGGCGAGAUCGCCUCCUAAACAACCGCAACAGCGAACACCAGGUCCCUCUCACCGCAGCUCUGAAGAGCACCUUGCUGGCGUCGGGUUGCCAGGGCGACCGAUCCUCGAUAUGACCUUCAAGGAGAAGGAGGACUACAUCCAGGACUUCUCCAAGAGGUUUCCCAGCCUGAGCUCCAUUGAGAUGGUGGAGCGCGAUCUGGACGCUGAGAUAGAUAAUAAGGGGAAGCGAUAG